AUGCCUAUUUCUCAUCGCAAAUCUUUCAAAUACAAGCAGAACAAGGUUGUUAAGCAGCCACGAAUCGGCAGGACUGAGCUGACAGCUGUGGAGCACGCGUUCACGAUCGGCGCGCUCAUGAGCAUCCGGGGUGACUAUGACAGCCAACACAAACUUGCUGAGGCUAUGGGCUUCAGCAAAGGGAAACUCACAAUGUUUGCGCAGCGCGUAGAGAAAGAGGCAGAGGGGUUAGGUGUCUUCUUGUGGGACGAAAUUCUAUACGAGAAUGACCAAGGACGCUGUCAGAGUUUAUUGUUGACGCAGGAGCAGAGGGACUGCAUCAUCUCAAUCGUCACCUCCACGCGCACUAACUGCGAAAAGGAGAGCUAG